ACUUGUGUUUCAUCAGAGCUCAGUUUUAUACGUUCAACAUUUAAAAACGUGAAAAUGUCAAAUAUUUUAAGAAAGAGUUUGGGAAAGAUAACUUUUUUAAUAGUUUGCAUAAUUGUUACAAUUAUAUCCUUAAAAUUCUUUCGACAUCAGAUUGAUCGACAACAGGCAGACAUAAAUCCUCCUAACAUGUUGAGAAGCAUUGAUGAGUUGGAAACUUCAACUUUCAAAAAUAUUUUUUUCAUUGAAAGUUCAGGAAUUAAAUCAAAUGCAAGCGAUACAGGAGAAUUGACGACAAGACAAGCUUGUUCUAUCGAAUCUGCAGCUCUUAUGAAUUCCGAUUGUAAUAUUUGUGUGAUUUUUGUGUCAAGAAUGGAAUUGAAAUUAUCAGAACCUAUUUUGGCGUUAGUGAAAUAUAAAAAUAUUAAGUUCUAUCGACUUGAUUUAAGUGACUUUUCAAAGCAUACAAUAGCGGAAAAUUGGGUGACAAGUGGAAAGCUUUUCAAUACAAGCUUUCUCAUGAACAAUGUUUCAAAUUUCCUGAGACUUUUAUUGCUAUGGAAGUACAGUGGCACUUACUUUGAUCUUGAUGUCAUUUCUCAAGUGUCACUUGAAUCUAUUCGAGUUAAGAACUUUGUUUGUGCAGAAACUAAACAUUCUGAUAUUCCCAAUGUUAUAAACAAUGCAAUAUUCCAUUUGGAGUCAUCAGAUGUAGCUCAUAAGUUUACCGAGAAUCUACUGACCGAAUUUAUGAACAAUUAUAAAGGAAAUAUCUGGGGAAAGAACGGACCAUUUCUUGUUACGAAAGUGGCUAGAAGUAUGUGCGAAUUUCCAGAAAAAACCAUUGAAAAAUCCUUCAACUGUUCAGACAUCACAGUUCUGCCACAACAAAAUUGUUACGAGAUUGGAUACGAAAAUAAGGAUUAUGCAGUUUUGUUUUCAAUAGAUAUUAAAAUUAUCAGAAAAACUCUUGAAAGACUUAAACCAUCGUAUUUUGUUCACUAUUUUCAUCAUUUGACCAAAGAAAUUCCUUUGAAAGUUGAUUCAAAUGCAGCCUUUAUUGCAAUUGCAAAAGAGUUUUGUCCAAAUGUUUUGAAUGCCUCAACGAUUAAUUUUUGAAGUUUUUUUUUAUUUGCUUGUGAAAAAGUUA